AUGGCUGCAACUUGUAAAUUUUCCAAACUAUUAUAUAAAUAAACAAAUAAUGAAUAAAUAAUUGGCGCCUUGGCGGACCUAGUUUAAAAAAAAAAAAAAAUUGGCCGAUGGUGCAAUUUAAAAUUUUUAUGAAUGCGUGACAGGAAAAAAAAAAGUUUAAUUUUUUAUGAAAAAAGAAAAAGAAAAAGCCCGUGAAAGCCGUGAAUGCGUAAUUCAGGGAAUUAGCGAACCUCAAACAUCACAUACUCACAACUCACAACUCACAACCCUAACUCCCUCUGUCACAUCAACCAGCCGACCGCCGACGCUGGAGUGCCGGACCAGCCACCAGCCACCAGCCCUGCCCACCGUACCGUUCGUACGUGCGCACCACUUCGUCAGACCACCGCUUCACUCCUUCAAGGCGACAAGGCCUUUGUUCUGCUGUCUGCAAGCCUGCCGCCACGGCGCCACCGCCCUUACAUCUAGGCGACCACCGACUGAAGCACUGAAGUAAAGGGUUUAAGCAAUUCACCAAAUUCAAAGAAAGAAUCAAACAAGCUCCAAAGAAAGAGCUACUCUCAUAACAACAAUAACCGAAGAAGAAAAUGAGAGAAAUAGAAUUGUCGUUGAAUCAAACCCAAAAGAUUCGACUUCAAAGAGCCCUAGAAAAACUCCAAUCUCUCUCCUCCAAAUCUGCUGCCAAUGCUUCCGUCACCGUCGCCGACACUAUUCCUGUCAACAAUGAAGACAAUAUCCUCAAGGGACAUGGAACAUUGGAGCUUGACGGCGAAGUGGUUGCAACUGUGUGUGGUGUUGUCGACCGAGUUGAUAAACUUGUUAUUGUUCGUUCUUUGCGAUCCAGGUAUAAGCCUGAUACUGGAGAUAUCAUUGUUGGACGAGUUGUUGAGGUUGCUCAAAAGCGGUGGAGAGUUGAGAUCCAUUCGAACCAAGAUGCUGUUCUUAUGCUUUCUUCAGUGACUUUACCUGAUGGUAUCCAGAGGCGGCGUACAGCGGUUGAUGAACUCAACAUGCGUAAUAUUUUUGUAGAGAAUGAUGUUAUUUCUGCUGAGGUUCGUAACAGUCAACACGAUGGUACUUGGCAGCUACAUGCAAGGAGUGAUAAGUAUGGGAAGCUUGAGAGGGGUCAACUGAUCACCGUUCCUUCCUAUUUGGUGAAAAGACGCAAGCAGCACUUCCACCAGUUAGAUCAAUAUGGUGUUCUCUUAAUACUUGGUUGUAAUGGUUAUGUCUGGGUUGGUGAACUCAUUUUAGCAAAAGACAGUAUGGAAGUGGAUGAUGCGAAUGAAUCUGAGAAAACCCAUGCAAAUUCCAUUGGCGAAAUGAAUCUUGAAGAAAAUUACACUCCCUUGGAAACACGGCAGAACAUAUGCAGGAUUGCGAAUGCUGUCCGGGUCUUAGCCGUUUUGGGUUUCAAUAUAACUGUUGAAGUUAUACUGGAGUUGUGUGAUUUGAGUACCUCAUUGAAUCUUGACAUUCACGACAUGCUUGGGGCAGAGUUUUGUGUUGCAGUUGCUGAAAAAGAGGUGGAGAGACGGAGUACCGUAAAUAAGAGGAAGGGCUGAUCAUGUUAUUUGAUCUGGUGUUGCUGAAAUUUUGGUAAUUUAGCGAAAGUAUUUGCAAAGGAUGAAGGUAGCUUUGUGUUUGUUCUCCUUGACUAGUUAGACAGAACACAGAAGCCUGAUUAUAAUUAUGGGAAGAACUCCCUUUACUACUAUGAGUAAAAUUUCAACUAUGUUUUAUUAUUUUCA